UUUUGCGUGUUCGUUGUAUUAUUUUAGGUUAAAAAUUAUAUUAAAAGAUAAAAUGAAUUUACUUCCAAAAAGUCAUCAAGAAUUUGGCCAAAAAGACUACUGGGAAUCUUUCUUUAAAAAAAGAGGCGGAAAAGCAUUUGAAUGGUAUGGUGAAUACCCUGAAUUGUGUGGACAUUUACAUAAGUACAUCAAAACUAAGGACAACAUUUUAGUUGUGGGCUGUGGUAACUCAUCGUUAAGUAGUGAUCUAUACGAUAUCGGCUACUUAACGAUAACGAAUAUAGACAUAUCGCAAGUUGUGAUCCGUCAAAUGAAGAAUUUACAUGAAAAAACUAGGCCGAGUUUGAAUUACAUACAAAUGGACGUUUUCAGCAUGAAAUUUGACGAUGGAUCUUUCACAGUUAUUGUAGAUAAAGGAACGCUGGAUGCUUUGAUGCCGGACGACAAACCAAUCACAAAAGAAAGGAUUUGCAAAUAUUUUACAGAAAUUGAGAGAGUACUAAAAUUUGGAGGCCGUUACAUUUGCAUAUCGUUGCUACAGAAACAUAUUUUAGAUAUAAUCCUAGCGUACUUCCCUUCCCAUAACUGGAUGUUUAGAGUUGUUCGAUGCUACGAAGCCGAGAAAAAAAGUGACAGUGCCGACAGUUCACUGCCAGUAUUUAUGGUCAUAUGUACCAAAUUUAAAGUUCUACCUCAACUGAUUUUAGAAGCAAACAUGGGAAUAGAAGACAAAAUGAUACGUUUCGAAAGCUCUGAGGGUGUUAUGUCGCUUAUUGAUGGUGUCCAGCAAAGCGCGUUCAUUUGCUCGGGGUUACGAAGGAGUAAUAUAGCUGACCAAGAAGAUGUAUCGUUUGAUCUCCAUAAUCCGAAUGAUAAUGCCCCCAGGUUUACGUUGCAUGUUGUCGACAUACCCCAUGAUCACAAACAUUCGUCUUAUGCCGCAUUUAUCGUACCCCAAGGAAGGGAAGUUGAAUGGAUGUUUUCUACAAGCAAAGGCAGGAAACACCUGACGAAGAUGACCAAGUAUAACCGUUUGGCUAUCAUUACAAUGCAUAGAGGACAAAUUUAUAAUAGUUUAGAAACAGUUCAGAAUGAGUUACAGGAUGCUGUAUGCCAGGUUGCUCCGUCAGGAUUUAAAGGAAAGAUUUUAUUCUUGUCUCUUGGAUCGGAUGUUGGAAAACGAACAGUUUUAACAGAGGGGCAUUCUGAAAUAUCAGGCGGAUAUAUAGUUGAAGAUGUGGAAAUUAGUCCAAAGGAUAGGUUUCGAAGAUUGAUUUAUCUGAGUAAUCAGUUUGUGGUCCAGUCGGAAGCAAAACUUAAAAUGGUUAAAUGCAGAAAUGGCGAAAUAAAAGAGUUUAAAGAUCAUUUAUACCUAACAUGUAAACAUCACAUAUACAUGAGUAUUGCCGCUCAAAUCGCCAUCUUGAAAUUCACUUCACCUUCGCUUGCUCUUAUUGGACUAGGUGGUGGAGGAUUGUGCAUGUUUCUCAGAAAAUUUCUACCGCUACUUGAUAUUAUAGCAAUUGACAUCGAUAAUGCAAUGUUAGAGAUUGCUAAGAAAUGGUUUGGUUUUAAACAAGAUAGUAAAUUACACGUUAGUAUAUUGGACGGAGUAGAUUUUAUACGGCAGUCUGCUGAAAAAGGAAAGAAAUAUAAUGCCAUUCUGUUUGAUGUUGAUAGCAAAGAUAGUUCAAUUGGAAUGAGCUGCCCUCCGAAGCAGUUUUUGGAUCCCUUAUUAUUAGAGGAUGCCUCGAAAUGUUUGUCUGAGAAGGGUCUUCUCAUAAUAAAUGUUGUAAUUAGAGAUGAAUCUUUACGCUCUCCAAUAGUAAACGAUCUGAAGAAUAAAUUUGUUUCAAUUGUUACUUACAAAUUAGAAGAAGAUUUGAAUGAAAUUAUUAUUUGUUCACGUGAAAAGUAUGAGAAGAGUAAUUUAAGUUCACUUGCGAAGGUAGCAAGUGAGAAAUUUGAUGAUUUUCUUACGAAGAAUAAGGUGGAAAAUCGAGAUGUGGAUGAUAUUAAACACUUUUUAGAUAACUUACAGAUUACUUAAUAAUAAAUAAUAGUUUGUAAAUUUUGUCUUAUUGUAUCUCUUUGGUGGAGCGCCAUAAAGUUGUAAUGCUUGGUAAUUUUUCUUGGGUAGGAGGGUACAGUUUUCGAUUUCGGCUGGAUAGUUAUGGUAAAAUCUGCAAAGGUCCUGUACUAAUUACAGUUAUAGUAUAGUAACAUAAUUCUUCAGGAGCUUAUCUAGUAUUUGUAAUUGAUGAACAAACAAAUAACAAAAUCACUGCAGUCAUCUCUUACUACACCCAGUAGUGGUAGGUUAUUCUUUCACACCCCUAAAGGAGUAAUUCCGAACAAUAAAAACACAUCUAAAGGUGGGAAUAGACAAAGCAAACAUUGUUGUGCAACAGUUGAACAACAGUCGAAAAACACACAAGUUUACGCAGUGAGUACGUGUUGCACAACAGUUGUGCAGCUGUUGCUGAACUGCUGCCCGGUGUUCGCUCACGAGGCGGUACUUCAAAGGAAAUGUUGCCGUACAGUGUGCACAGGAUCUUCAGUGUAGACGCGUAUACGGGUCAACUUACUGAACGAACACUAGACAAACACCGGAGAAAGCAGGCUGGUCGAUGUUGACCAACAGU